GGAGGGCGGCGGAUGUUCGGCGCCUCCAUGUGCGGCGGCGCACAGACGGAGGAGAUUGAACAGUUCUCCAGAGAAGGCAGCCAUUACAGCCUGUCAACUGGGAUUCUCCCUUCUCUUGGAGCAAGAAGCAAUCGUAGAAUCAAGCUUCGUUCUUUCAUCAUCUCCCCUUAUGAUCGCCGAUAUAGAGCAUGGGAGGCAUUUCUAGUCAUCCUAGUGAUCUACACCGCUUGGGCUUCGCCUUUCGAAUUCGGGUUUCUCGAUAAACCGAGAGGGCCGCUGUCGAUAAUGGACAACAUUGUCAACGGGUUUUUCGCCGUUGAUAUAAUCCUAACAUUCUUCGUAGCUUUCUUGGAUCGGAGUACGUAUCUUCUAGUCGACAAUCCAAAGAAAAUCGCUUGGAAAUACACUACUUCUUGGUUAGCAUUCGAUGUUAUUUCUACAAUCCCUUCGGAACUAGCUCAAAAAAUCUCCCCUAAACCGUUACGGACUUACGGUUUAUUCAACAUGCUUCGUCUUUGGCGGCUUAGACGAGUCGGUGCCUUAUUCGCUCGAUUGGAGAAGGAUAGAAACUUCAACUACUUUUGGGUUCGGUGUGCGAAGCUUAUAUGCGUUACUCUUUUUGCAGUACAUUGUGCAGGUUGCUUUUAUUACCUACUUGCAGCACAUUAUCGAAAUCCACAAAACACGUGGAUCGGAGCAUCCAUGCACGAUUUCCUUCAGCAGAGCUUGUGGGUCCGCUAUGUUACUUCGAUUUACUGGUCCAUCACUACACUAACCACCGUCGGCUAUGGAGAUUUGCAUGCAGAAAAUACGAGAGAAAUGAUAUUCGAUAUUUUCUACAUGCUCUUCAAUUUAGGACUCACCGCAUAUUUGAUCGGAAACAUGACUAAUUUAGUGGUCCACGGGACUAGCAAGACCCGGCAAUUCAGGGAUACAAUUCAAGCGGCAUCGAGUUUUGCACAGAGGAAUCAAUUGCCAGCUCGCCUUCAAGAUCAAAUGCUUUCGCAUUUAUGCCUGAAGUUUCGAACUGAUUCGGAGGGGCUUCAACAGCAAGAAACACUCGAUUCACUUCCGAAAGCAAUUCGAUCGAGUAUUUCCCAUUUCCUUUUCUACUCUUUAGUCGAUAAGGUCUACUUGUUUCGUGGGGUGUCCAACGAUUUACUUUUCCAGCUGGUUUCGGAAAUGAGAGCCGAGUAUUUCCCUCCCAAAGAAGAUGUGAUCUUGCAGAACGAAGCACCGACCGACUUUUAUAUUCUUGCUACCGGGGCAGUGGAACUAUUGGUUAUGAAAAAUGGGGUUGAACAGGUUGUUGGAGAGGCGAAAACCGGUGACCUUUGUGGUGAAAUUGGUGUGCUUUGCUAUAGGCCUCAAUUAUUCACAGUUCGUACAAAACGAUUAAGCCAGCUAUUACGGCUUAAUCGUACCACAUUCUUAAACAUCGUUCAAGCUAAUGUUGGAGAUGGGACAAUUAUCAUGAAUAAUCUUCUACAGCAUUUGAAAGAAACGAAGGAUCCGAUAAUGGAGGGAGUACUUAUGGAAACUGAAACGAUGCUUGCUCGAGGAAGAAUGGACUUACCUCUCACUCUAUGUUUUGCUGCACUUAGAGGAGACGACUUACUUUUGCAUCAUUUGUUAAAGAGAGGCUUGGAUGCUAACGAAUCCGAUAAUAUCGGAAAAACGGCUUUGCAUAUUGCAGCAUCACAAGGAAACGAGAACUGCGUGCUUCUUUUGCUCGAUGCUGGAGCCGAUCCAAAUAGCAGAGAUUCGGAAGGAAGUGUGCCGUUAUGGGAGGCGAUGCUCGGUGGACAUAAAUCAGUUAUCAAGCUACUGUCAGAUAACGGCGCUAAAAUAACCGGUGGUGACGUAGGCCUAUUUUCGUGCACAGCAGCCGAACAAAACAACUUGGACUUGCUCAAGGAAAUCGUUCGCCACGGUGGCAAUGUGGGCCAGCCCAAAAACAACGGGUCCACCAGCGCUCUCCACAUUGCAGUUUCGGAAGGCAACUUUGAGGUAGUCAAGUAUCUCCUUGACCAGGGCGCCGAUAUCGAAGCGCCCGACGAUAAUGGGUGGGCCCCGCGUGAACUGGCGGAGCAGCAAGGCCACGACGAGAUCAAGAACCUCUUCGAAUCGUACGACUAUAAAGCCCCCCCCAAGAUCGAUCGUAAUCCUACGGUCACGGUUCUUCCGGAGGAGAGCCGCGGGGUCCGCUUCUUGGGGAGGUUCAAGAGCGAGCCGACGAUUGUGCCGUUCAAUCCUGACGGUUCGUUUGUGGGGUCCGACGGGUCGUGGAGCAGGACCCGCCCGAGAAGGAAGGUUAAAAAUAGUUUCCAUAAUUCUCUAUUCGGGAUUAUGUCGGCAGCGCAGAAUGGUGGGGAAGGAAAUUUGAUUUCUCCGGUGGAUAAAACGAGGGCGACGAGUGUGGGGCCCGAGAGAGUAUAUGCUGCCCGGCUGACCGUGAGCUGCCCGGAGAAGGGGGAUAUUGCGGGGAAGCUUGUGCUGCUGCCACAUGGAUUUGAGGAGCUGUUGGAAAUAUGUGUAAAGAAAUAUGGUUUCUUGCCUGAGAAAGUUUUGAGCAAAGACGGAGCUGAAAUUGACUGUAUAGAAUUGUUGAGAGACGGAGAUCAUAUAGUUUUCGCCGGUGAUCGGAAAAUCAAGGAACCUAUUGAUCAGCAGUGAUUACGAAGUAGUCACUCUGUUUCAUUUUCUUGAUUUAUUUUUUCCCAAAUCUUAGAUUUUUUUUUUUUUAGAUUUUCGACUGAUAUUUCCGAACACUGGCAAUGCAUAUUUGAUUGCUGGUUUUUAGGUAUGGAAUUUAACUCAGGUACAUUGCCCAAAAGAAGAUGGGAAGUUAUAGUGUACAUAGAUUAGGUAAUCAAGAAUUUGAUGAAUGAAGAAAUCUUCCAUCAAGAAACUCAACUGUUGUACUAUUUUCCCUCAAUUUUCAAUGUAUUAUCUCCAGACUAGGGGUGGAAACCGGAUUGAAAUAGGGAAUUUCGAAAAAAAUUGAAAAUCUUGGUAAUUUGGAAUGAAAAUACUCUCUCCAAAAUCGGAAAUUUUCUGAUCGAAAUCAGCCGAAUUCGAAAAAUUCCAUGUUAUUAGUCACCUAAAAUAUGAAAUGCAUAAUAAAAUUCAAAAUCAAUGAGAAAUUCGCCAUUAAAAAACAAAAUAAAUUUCAAUUCACAAGCUGAUGAAGUUAGAAUAUAGAUCCCUAUCUCAUAUAAAGAAGAAAAAUCUUCUCUUAAAGAAGCAGCCUAUAUGAUAUCUUCUUGUUCCAGAAGAGUUAUUUAUUGCCCCAAAAAUUUGUACAAAUAAAAUAAAAAAAUAAAAAAAAAAAAAAAAA